AUGGAAAACACAUAUCAUUGUAUUUAUUGUAACAGUUAUGUUUCUGCACUUUAUACACAAUAUACUGAAGAAAUCAUUAAAAUGGAACAUUGUCCCAAGUGUGGAAAUAUUUCUGACAAAUAUAUUGAAUAUGAUUUAUUCUUGGUGGCUAUUGAUCUUCUUAUCGGUCGUCUUGAAGCCUAUCGUCAUGUUAUCCAUAAUAUUUCUAAUUUAGGCUUUAGAAAGUUACUUUGUAUGUCUGUAUUAUUAAAUGCUUUUGUUUCGUGGCUUAGUGAACAGCCAACAACUGUGAUUCACUUAGAGGAUCUUUCUAUUUCUUUUAGUUCAGAUUUAUUUAUUCAUGUCAUAUCUGUAUUUUUAUGGUGUUUAUGUUUUUGCUUGAUACUCUUGCUUUUAUUCCCUAUAUGUAAAAUAGCUACUCUAUCUGAUAUGAUCAAAGUAUUACUUAUUGUUAACUUAAGUAGACUAUUAACAUUCUUUCUGUUAACAUGGAAAACUGAAUUUGAUCGUACAUUUUCAGGAAGUUUACAAUUCUAUCCUUUUGUAUCUACAUGUGUAGCAGUAACACCGUGUAUUCAAAGUUUAAGAGCUGUAAAUAGUCUUAAUUUUACAAUGGCUGUUAUUUUGAGUAUACUUAUAUGUACUGUUAGCUAUAUAUUAUCUACUCUUAUAUUGCCAAGUUUAUUAUUUAUCCUGCAAAUAUAG